AAAUACACCUGCAUGUCUGAAUACGCCUCUCCAUUGCACGACUUCAACUCUCCGACGAGUCGCAUUCCACAAAACGGGACAACCGUGCGUCCGAGUCCGCUCGGGAUGAAAAAGAAGAGAGACGAAAGGUGAGGUAGAAGAGACUCAAGAGGAGAACGAAGCUGAAUCAAAAAGAGAGACAAAGUGACCCGUCUGUCCCGUGAGGCCGUCAUGAGGGCUCAACUUUGCUGCCUGUUGCUUUUGUUGGUCGACUGUCAAGAGCGGAUUACAGGCGACGUGAGCUUCAUCAGCCCGUACAUAAAACAUUAUGAGGGGCUAUCAUACGACAGGGAGGACCUCCACAAAAAACACCUGCGGGCCCGCAGGGAUGCACCAUCUCAGCGACAUACGCUGGAUUUGGACUUCACUGCUUUUCACAGAACUUUCCGAUUGCGUCUGAGACGAGACGCCGGGACCUUCUCCAGUGACUUCGAGGUGGUCAGCGAGCGUGGCGCCACAGCUGCCGACCUCUCCCACUUAUAUUCCGGAACGCUGGAGGGCGAACACGACUCAGCCUGUCAUGGAUCCGUGUUACGGGGUCAGUUUGAAGGAAGUAUCCACGCCGACAACGUCAUUUAUCACGUGGAAGCGGCUCGCAGAUACAACGUCAGCGACCACCACUCCAUCAUCUAUCGUGAGGAUGACAUGGUUUUACCAACUAGAGGAAAUGGACUGGAUUCUGGAUUUUGUGGUGCCGGAUAUCUAAAGACGCUGGCCCAAAGUCUCAAACCUGUUGAUCAGAUCAUUUCCAGUCACUGGACAUUAUGGAAUGGUCUUAGCAGAUGUUUUUCCCAACGAAGAGUUCAACUUGCGUUCCUGUCGCCACAAGUUCUCGAUGUGACCCUUGCUCUCGGCGUCCCACAGGAGGCAGCAGCGAACCGUGCCAGGAGAACGCUGGACGAAGCUAAAACUUGCUGCCUGUUGCAUCUCACCGCUGACCACCGCUACUUCAACAAGUUUGGGUCGGUGGAGGCUGUUGUGGCUCAGGUUGCCUCAUACAUGCGAGCGGUUAAUGAUAUAUACGACAAAGUCAAGUUCGAUGGACUCAAGUUGAUCAACUUUAAAGUCAAAUCCCUCACUGUCAUGACGAAGGAGAACAUAUCAGACCCUCUGACUCCUCUCUACAUCGGCCCGGAGAAACUGUUGAGUCUUUACUCCGAAAACAACUGGGGCAACUUUUGCCUGUCGUAUCUGCUAACCAACCGAGACUACAGCGGAGUGCUGGGACUCGCCUGGGAGGGCAAAGCCGGUAACUGGGGAGGAAUCUGUUCGCGGUACACCACCCUUUCGAACGGCCGCCAUUCCACCCUGAACACGGGUCUGGUCACGAUUCAGAACUACGGACAGUUCCUUCCUCCUCGACACGUCCAGUUGACCCUCGCUCACGAACUCGGACACAGUCUCGGAGCUCCGCACGAUGAAGGCUCUAAUUGUGGCAGCUUGGGCUCUUCCGGCGGAAAUGGCCGCUACCUGAUGUUUCCCGAAGCCACGGACAAAGUGCGUGAAAACAACGACAAACUAUCCACCUGCAGCGUUGAACGCAUUAACAAGCUUCUGCGCCUCAAGAAGGACGAUUGCUUUGUGGUCAGUGAUACGCCCAUAUGCGGUAACCAGAUAGUGGAGGAAGGCGAGGAGUGUGAUGUGGGACUCAAUUACACGGACCUCUGCUGCUAUAGCACAAAAGAACGAGUAGGGGUGCAGUGUCGCCUAAAGCCUAGCAAAGUAUGCAGUCCCAGUCAAGGCCUUUGCUGCAGUCAGGAGUGCAGCUUCAAGUCAGAACUUCAAACCUGCGACGAAGAAACCGACUGUCAGAAGGAGAGCAAUUGUUCAGGUCACUCAGCACUGUGCCCCGAUCCAAGCCCUAAAGAAAACCUCACCCUCUGCAGUCAAGGGACUCGUGUCUGCUUCAAUGGGGUCUGUGCCGAGUCUUUAUGUGUGAAACACAACCUGGAGCAGUGCGAUUGUCCAGGCGAUUCCAAGAAGCACAAAUGCCACAUGUGCUGCCAGCAGCCCGGUGAGCCGGACACAUGCGCAAGCACCACCUCCUCCGUGUUGUCCCGUCACUUCCAGAAAAAGGCUUUGCCCCUGGUGAGCGGGUCGCCAUGCAUGGGCAACCAAGGCUACUGCGACAAAUUCCACGUUUGUCGUCUAUUGGAUGCAGACGGACCCAUCGCCAGGUUGAAGAACUCCUUCCUCAACCUUGAUGAAUAUGAAGACCUGGGAGAGUGGAUGAAGGCUCACUGGUGGGCCAUCUUGUUGGGUAUCCUGGCCCUGUCUACAGUUAUGAGCUGCACUGUCUGCCUUUGUGGUCAAACUCUGGAUACCAGAAACCUGGACUGACUCACCCUGAAAAUAUAUCAAACAAAUUUCAUUAAUUUAUCUAGCAUUUCAUGUCACGAAAUGUCUAGAAUUCCAUUUUAAGAAACUUCCUUAGAGACGCUGCUUUUGUUACACCAUAAAAUACUGAACAGUUGAAAUAAUGAAAUAUUAAAAUGGCAUUUAAAUGAAUUAACUGACAUUUGUAAUUGACAUAUAAACAUAACCCGCUAGCCAGUCAGAAGCUAACGUUAGCUUAGCGAUAUUUUUUGCUAGCAUCUCCAAACACGUGAUUAUAUUCGGCUCAAAGCACUCAAAUAUUAUACGUACAUAUAUGAAUUUGUCAUGUUCUUCAUUAUUAAACGCUUACAAUAUACCUGAAAUGGAAGAAAUCAUCACACAGGCGAGGACGGAGGAGGACAAGUGAGAGACUCGCGGGUCAGUGGGUGGAGCCCAAAGCAAUCAAUUGUAGAUAAGCUUUUCAGAACUAACUAGCCUAUCACAGCUAAUAAAAAUUUAAAUUCAAAAUGCUGUCAUAGGGGAUAAAUUAUUCCAUCUUCACACUAACUUUAGGUCAUCAGUGUUGUUUUUCUUGGCUAUAUUAUGGCAAUACAUGACGAUGUGAAUUGCCUUCUCAUGUUACAGCAUGUGUUAUGGAAAAAAGGCUGACAACUGCAAGGGCCUUCACAUACCCAACAUAUGCGGGUAGCCAUUUUAGAGAGCCCAGAAAAGUCCAAGCGAACUUUCCCUCCAUUCCAUCACCGUGUUGUUGUUGUCGUUGAACCAGAGUGUUAAUUCCUUGCUCUGAUGGGAGUCCAGGUUUCCAUCACAUUGCUUAUACUGGUACAACACUGGCACUGUCAUGACCUUCGGCCCAAAUACUUCACCUCAUAUGACCCCAAAAUGUUUAUCAAAAUGUCCUUGAAAAGUACAUCUACAAGAGUACCUAGAAAAUGAGUUGAUUUAUUUUUCAAAUAAGCUUGAAGAUAAUUGUUGAAAACCUGUGCAAGGACAAGAUUAUUUUAAAGUAAAUUAACAACAAUUCCCACUUCUUUAUCAAAAAAACAUGAGGACAAGAUGACCUCUCAUGUGUUGUUUAUUAAAUAUACACAUUAUAACACUACGUAUUUAAAUUAUGUACAAGGACAACAGAUAAAACCCAAGCCAGUGCUUUUUACAAGUCAAGUCAAUUAUUGCUUAUUUACAAAUCCCUCCUGUACAUGGUUUAAAAAUGCCCCACCCAUGCAAUCAGUGCAAAAACAGAAUAUGUGCACGUGUUUUUGAGAUGGGAAAUAAAGUCACAAUGAUUACCGUA